ACUCGCACUCCCUAUUUUUGUCCAAUGCUCUCCUGACCGCAUACGACAGACAUUCGUUUUUGUGCUUCUUCCUUUUAAUCUCUUAAUUUUCUACGGUGCUCAGGCCAUUCUUCCUCCUGGAACGCAACAAGACUCCUGUGACCUUGGCUUCUGUUUCGCAGCGAACAUCACGACAAGAUGAGUUACUAUACCAAUCUCCAAGGCAAAUUUGCCCACAAGGUCGGCGAGCCCGUCCCCGAAUUCAACACUGAAUUCCCCGUCCACCCAGGCAUUGUUCACUUUCCCAUCGCCUUUAACGUCCUCGCCUGGGGCCUUGACAUUUUGUAUGCUCUUACUGCCGUCUAUGUCAAGCCGGACUUCCUCACCACGCGGUUCGGCUCCCCUUCGACCCUCCUGGACAUCACUCGCCUGUCCUACUUCCUCCUGUGUGCCGGCCUGAUUACCACCGUGCCUGCAAUCAUGUCUGGCAACAUCCAACUGGUCGGCAUGAUCAAGAAGAACGGCGGCCCAUGGGAGAAGGACGCGGCAGGAAAGCAAAAGAGCACAAUGGUGCCGCGUAUCAAGGCCUGCAUCACCCACGCCAUCAUGAACGAUUUGGUGUUUGUGGUCAACCUGUACAGCUGGUACUUGAGGAAAGAUAAGGAAGGGGCUGUCAACCUGGGCAAGAUCCCGACUCAGACGAACCUCAUCAUCAGCAUGGUCUUGCUGCCGGCUCUGAUGGCUUCAUCAAAGAUCGGCGGCACUCUCGUGUUCAAUCACGGUGUCGGCUUGAACCUAGGCCGGAAGAAGUUCGAGUAGUUACCUCAAAACAAGAUAGGCGGAGAAGUUGAGGCAGAGGCGCUUUGAUCAUGGAGCAAAAGCUGGGAAGCAAGAUACAAGUGACGAAGGCGGAAGAGAGGAAUUUUCAGAUGGUCAAGGAAGCAGCACACGUAGGGCGAACAAAAACCGGGCGAGUGACGGCAAAUGUGUUUAUGAAUCUGGGGGUACAUUCUUGUUGCGGGAAAGGGGACCAUUUACUUGUGGCAGGGGGGGAAUGUAGAUUUCUAGAGGUGUUUCGACUACGUUGUGUUUUAAUCAUUAGUACAACAGAUCAUUAAUUAUUCGGGACCUACAGGCUUCGACAAAGCUUCGCCUGUUUAAUGUCCUUGGCGUGCA